AUGCAAAUUGCAACAAUUUUACUAUUUGUAGCAAUAUCUUAUAAAAUUCCCAAACUUUACGAAUAUUUUCUAUCAACACGACGCAAGAAAAAUCAAACUGAACACUUUUCAAACAUUGAUAUGAAUAUUUUAUCGUCAAGAGAACUUACUUCUUCUAAUUACGCAGCAAGUUAUUGUUUUUCAAUACAUUAUUGGUGGACAUUUUUAAAUGAAAAGUUUAGAAAUUUAUUUGAUGAAGACGAAAAUUCUAUUCAGAAUGAAAAUUUUGAGAAAAAUGAAUAUAGAGACAAUGAUUUCGAUAACUUCAAUAAUUUUAAUAAUUUCAAUAAUGACUAUAAUGAGAAGAAAGAAUGUCAAAGAGAAACCAAGUAUUCUUAUAUUUCAAAAUUAAAUAAUAAGGACAAUGAGAACAAUGAAAUUAUUAAGGAUUCUUGUAUUUCAAAAUUGAAUAAUAAGAACAAUAAGAUUAUCAAAGAUCCUUAUAUUUCAAAUUUGGACAAGAAGAAAACUAAAAUUACAAAGGAUUCUUAUAUUUUAAAAUUGGAUAAUAGACUCACCAAUGAAAUUAAUGAAAUUAAAAAAAUUAAUCAUAAUUAUAGUAACCAUCCAUUUUAUUCACAUAAUGGAACAAAAAGGUCUAAUUCUUCCGAACAUAUGGAUCUCAACAUAUCUCAUCGAACAAAUUUAUUAUUUAUAAAUCCAUACGAACGUCAUGAAAAUGAUUUAAAACUUCGAACUUUAUUAAAAAAAAAACAUGAUUCAGAAGUUGAGGUUGUAAAGAAUUUAAAGAAAGCAUUAAUUAUUCAAGGAAAUCGGGAAGUUUUAGUAAAGAACGCUAUCAGGGAAGUUGCUGUGUUAAGAAAUAGGAUAGAUCGAGAUUUUCGUCAAUAA